AUCAAGAAAGUAAUGAUAUAUUGGACGUUCAUGUAAUUGGUGGUUACAAUACUUCACCAAAACAAAGUUGUAGAAUGUGGGAUGGAGUUUCCACUUUUAUCUGUUUGAAGAUAGUUGAAAUUCUUUGGAAAAGCACCAAAAGAUUUAAUAUUCAAACUCUAUAUAUUCUUAAUGACAACACCAUAUAUGAUAGAGAAGGAAAUGCUUAUCCACUUCUCAAAGGUUUCCUGGUGGAAACUGGGAAAGGGUCAAUAUUUCCAGCAACCUUCCAUGAGACUACAAAAGGUCCUGAUGAAUACAUUCGAAGCAUUCGAGAACGGGCUUCUUUAAGGGAUCUCAAUUGGAAGAAUAGAUUCCUUGAGACAUAUGAUACUGAGUCUGACCAAUUUGUUAUUGCUCAUGUUUCUAGGGGCAAUAGAUAUUUGAAAUAUAUUGAAUCAUUGCGAAACCAAUCUGAUGAGGAACUUUGUAAUACUUAUUUCACUAUUCCAGUUCCACCAAGUCCUCAUAAUAUACGUCUAAUAAGAAGGUAAUUAAAUAACAUAUUCAUAUCUUACCUUUUGUAUUGAUGCAUUAGUUAUUACGCACUUUCUAUUGUGGUGGAUCCUAUCUUUCAUUCUUUUUUACUCCACCGAUAAAACUUAUCAAGGACUAAAUUGUCAAUUCAUUCUUUCUCUCAGCGAUUUGGAAGAGUUAUUUCAAGUUCCAGAUUGGGAAAAGGUAUUCCCAUUCAGACGACCUCGAAUAUUUUUUAGAUCCAAUAAUGGUGGUUGGACGAUGAGAACCCUUGAACAUGUUCAAAUAAUCAAAAGAACUGCGGGUAAGAGAUAGGGUUGGUCCAAGGAGAUGCAAUAUUCAAUACCCAACUAAACUUAGAUUAAAUAUAUAUUGUGAUAAUAUAUGAUGUAUUAUUAUUUUUUUAAUAAUAAUGUUGCACAGUUACAUGUCCUAUUGUAUAAAAUAAAGUAAUUAAUAAAUUUCACACCUAUGUUAUUUAUA